UCCUCCCUCCUCUCCUCCUCCCGCCGGCGGCGGCCGCUGUCAGGAUGAGGCGGAGGAGGCGGAGGCCCGGGCCGGCAGCUCCCGUCUCUCGCCGGGGCCCCCUGGUGUAGCGGUUCCCGCUCCGCCGCCGCGGCCCAGGCCGCGCAGACGCCGCCCGCCCGCCCGCGCCAUGGCGCAGCCCGGGCCGAGCCCCCCGACCGACGUUGCUCUUCUGCAGCGAGUGGCAGAGCUGGAGAAGGUCAAUGCAGAGUUCCUGCGCACCAAGCAGCAGCUGGAGCAGGAGUUCAACCAGAAGAGAGCAAAAUUCAAGGAGCUGUACUUGGCUAAGGAAGAGGACCUCAAGAGACAGAAUGCAGUGCUGCAAGCAGCCCAGGAUGACCUGGGGCAGCUGCGGACGCAGCUGAUGGAAGCUCACGCUGAGAUGGAGAACAUCAAGGCUAUAGCUACAGUGUCUGAGACCACAAAGCAGGAAGCUAUUGAUGAGGUGAAGAGGCAGUGGCAAGAAGAAGUAGCUUCCCUACAAGCUAUUAUGAAAGAGACCCUCCGUGACUACGAGCUGCAGUACCACCACCGGCUGGAGCAGGAGCGGGCGCAGUGGAGCCAGUACCGCGACAACGCCGAGCGGGAGAUCGCCGAGCUGCGGCGCCGCCUCUCCGAGGGCCAGGAGGAGGAGAACCUGGAGAAUGAGAUGAAAAAGGCCCAGGAGGACGCCGAGAAGCUGCGGUCGGUGGUGAUGCCAAUGGAGAAGGAGAUUGCAGCACUGAAGGAGAAACUGACAGCAGCUGAAGAAAAGAUUAAAGAGUUAGAGGCAUCAAAGGUUAAAGAACUGAACCAUUACCUGGAAGCUGAGAAAUCCUGCAGGACAGACUUGGAGAUGUAUGUGGCUGUUCUCAACACCCAGAAAUCAGUCCUGCAAGAAGAUGCAGAGAAGCUGAGGAAAGAGCUGCAUGAAGUCUGCCAUCUCUUGGAGCAGGAGAGGCAGCAGCACAACCAGCUGAAGCACACCUGGCAGAAGGCCAACGACCAGUUCCUGGAGUCGCAGCGCCUGCUGAUGAGGGACAUGCAGCGCAUGGAGGUCGUCCUCACCUCCGAGCAGCUGCGCCAGGUCGAGGAGCUCAAGAAGAAGGAUCAGGAAGAAGAUGAUCAGCAAAGGCUUAGCAAGAGAAAGGAGCAGAAGCAGAAGGAUUCAGAUGAUGAAACAAAAGCUUCAUGUUCUCUAGCCACUGAGGAAACCCUGCCCCAGCUCUCCAAUGAAGAGGUGCAAGUCAACAGCACCCACGGCUCGGUGCACUCGCUGGAUGCAGACCUACUGCUUUCUUCUGGUGAAUCUUACAACAAGGCAGACAAUGACCUGUUCAAGGAUGGGCUAAGGAGGGCACAGUCCACAGACAGCCUGGGCACCUCUGGCUCCCUGCAGUCCAAAGCUUUAGGCUACAACAACAAAGCCAAGUCCGCCGGGAACCUGGACGAGUCGGAUUUCGGACCGCUGGUUGGAGCAGAUUCAGCCUCUGAGAACUUUGAUACAGCCUCCCUUGGGUCUCUGCAGAUGCCAAGUGGGUUCAUGUUAACCAAAGACCAGGAAAAAGCAAUCAAAGCAAUGACCCCAGAGCAAGAGGAGACGGCUUCCCUGCUCUCCAGCGUGACUCAGGGGCUGGAGAGUGCUUACGUGUCGCCCAGCGGCUACCGCCUGGUCAGCGAGACUGAGUGGAACCUGCUGCAGAAGGAGGUGCAGAACGCAGGGAACAAGCUGGGCAGACGCUGUGAUAUGUGCUCCAAUUACGAGAAGCAGUUGCAAGGCAUCCAGAUUCAGGAGGCUGAGACAAGAGACCAGGUGAAAAAGCUACAGGUGAUGCUGAGGCAGGCUAAUGACCAGCUGGAGAAGACAAUGAAAGAUAAACAGGAGCUGGAGGAUUACAUGAAACAAAGUGCUGAAGACUCCUCCAAUCAGAUCUCUCUGCUGAUGGCUAAGUGUCAGAAGUCCGAGAACCUCCUGGGUGAGCUGCAGCAGGCCUUCUCACAGGCCAAGAGGAGUGUCCAGGAGCAGAUGGCUGUCCUGACCCAGUCAAGGGAGCAGGUUUCAGAAGAGUUGGUGAGGCUGCAGAAAGACAAUGAAAGUCUCCAAGGAAAGCACAGCCUGCACGUGUCCUUGCAGCAAGCUGAGGAUUUCAUUCUGCCAGAAGCAGUAGAGGAGCUCCGUGAGCUGAUUCUGAAGUACCGGGAGGACAUCAUCAGCGUGCGGACAGCAGCAGAUCACCUGGAGGAGAAGCUGAAGGCUGAGAUUUUGUUCUUGAAAGAGCAGAUUCAAGCUGAGCAGUAUUUGAAAGAAAAUAUAGAAGAGACUCUACAGCUGGAGAUAGAGAAUUGCAAAGAGGAAAUAGCUUCCAUUUCCAGUUUGAAAGCUGAGCUGGAAAGAAUAAAAGUGGAAAAGGAGCAGCUGGAAAGUUCUUCCCAGGAAAACCUGCAGCAGCUGGAGAGUCUGCAGGAAACCAAAACCACUCUGGAGGAGCAGCUGAAGAAGGAAACAGCAGCCAAGGCCAACCUGGAGCAGCUGGUGUUUGAGGAGAAGAACAAAGCUCAGCGGCUGCAGACGGAGCUGGAUGUCAGUGAGCAAGUGCAGAGGGAUUUUGUAAAGCUUUCUCAGACCCUUCAGGUGCAGCUGGAGCGCAUCCGGCAGGCGGAGUCCCUGGAGCGCAUCAGAGCCAUCCUCAACGACACAAAGCUGACGGACAUUAACCAGCUGCCCGAGACAUGACAGCCUGCCCCGCUGCCCCCAGGCUGCCUGGGGCUUUUUAACUCAUCUUUAGAGCAACAUUAAUUAUUAUUUAACUCUAACAGGAGGAGCAGAAGACAGGAGGGGAGCGCUGGCUUAGCCUUUUCUUUCUAGAGGGGGAAGGAGGUUUCGUACUGGGCGGGAAGAGAGCACCAGGCCGGCUGCCCCAGGCUGGCUGGCAGGGUGGGGAGGAGGAGGUUGUGAUGGCAACACUAAUGUGUGGUGUUCCCUGUGCCACUGAGUGGGAUCAGUCCUUACACCCUGAAACACUUCCCUCUUUCAGCCGACUCCCUAACCUAUUCGAGGCUCCUGGAACGUUCCCCCCCAGUCUGUUCCCCUCUGGCCUUGCCCCCACCCCCACUACUGUGAUCAGAGUAGCUGCUGGAAACCAUCUUGUCCCUCCAAGCAUUGAAGAGCAAAGUGGUUGAAGUGUCCCUGUUUGCCCUAGUCAGUCCCAGUAUUCAGCUAGCAGAGAGGAGGAGGAGGAGGAGGAGGAGGAGUAGAGUAUGCUGUAUGGAUAUUUUAUAUUAAAAUAUGACUUUAUUAGCAGGACCCUGGAGACUGAGCUUCUUUCCUCACCCAGUGCUGUCCUCUCCUUCUGCCCCACUGCCUUCGUGCUGGGGAAGUCCAGGUGGCCCUGGGUGAGCUCCUGCACAGAUGAAUGCUGGUCCCAAGCAAAUGAAUUUAACUCCUUGAAACCUUUCUGUUGAAUUCUGAUAGUCGGUGAAAAAGCACAAGAAAUGCACUGGUUUGGAACCCCCCAGCACUGGGAUUUAGGAGAUGGAGCUGCAGCCCCACAGCUGAGCACUACCUGCAGUCCCUUCUGGCUGUGACAAAAGCAGGCUCCAGGAGCAGCUGUACAAACCCUGUGUGGUGGCUGGGCCCUGGCAUGGGCUUUGUGCAGGGCUGCCCUGCUCCAGGGGCUGGCACCGGGUGGAAGGCUGCCAGCUGUCACUGGGAGGUGUCCUGGGGAGGUGCUGAAGGAAGCAGUUGCCUCAACCCAACCACUCCUGGGGCAGCUUCCCAGUCUGCAGGAGUCUCAGAGCAGUGGCAGGAAGCAGGGCUGUGCUCUUCUGCUGGCUCAGGUGUGAGGGCUGCAGAGUACCUCUGCCCCCCUGCUGGCACCAUGCUGCUUGGGACACUGCCGUGUCAGGUGGCAGCAGGGGCCCAGGGCUCUGGGGAGCCAGCAGCUGCUAGCUUGGGGCUUCUUGGCUUGUAAGCCUGUGGCGGUGCUGGGACCAUUCCUCCUCCUUCCCUCCUUCUGUUGGAGUUCCAGGUACGCAGCUGGGUGCUUGGUUCCCCCUGUGGGUGCAGGUGGUGAUGGCACUGGGGGUGUAGACUGAGUUGUUCAGCUGGCCCCUGCUUACCACCCAGCUCCAAGGAAGGAGGUGAAGGAGCAGAUGGCUUCUGUCCAGACCUGAUCACUUGGACUUCCCUCCACUGCUUGUUUUUUCUCUACCUGCUUGGCCAUGGUUAUUGAGGUGAUGAAAGCCCAGAAGUGGCAGCAGAUGCUCCAAGCUGCAGGUGACUCUAAGUGCUUCAGUCCUGAGGUUGCAACUGUGGCUUUGAGGAGGAAGGCCUUAAAACCAGCCCAGAAGCAGCCUGCAGGCUCAGUCCUGUGGCUCACUGCAAGACCUAAAGCAGUUUAUUCCCCCCAGCAAUUCAGCUCCUCCUGCCACCCCUCCCUGCCUCAGCCAAGAGCAGCCUG